AUGGCAGCUAGCGCGCGCGCGAAUUCGAAGCCUGCCAACACCAGCGCGACGGCGACCCCAGAUCCAAUGUCAGCGCCAGAGUUGGUAGACGACGGCUUGGUCCCCCCUUCCAUGGCUGCAAAUCUUGCUUUGGAAGACACACUCGUCUUCGAAUCACACGUCCGUGAAAGCACACCCAAAACAGCGAGUGAAGAGGAAAUUGCGAUUACUGUCGAGGGGCCCGACUCGCUGAGCAGCAGUGCGUUAAGUGGUGCUAGCACCAUCGUCCCCGACGAGCCCGACGGUCUACAUUCCCACGCUGCCUCAUGCUCCUGCUCGUCUGCCGCCAGCGACGCGGAGGACGCCCCAAACUCCGCCGUCCCUCGGCCGACGCGGGUCCGCUUUCGGUCCCGAGUGCGGAUCACUUCGGGGCUGCACGCCCACCACAAACGCCCGCUCUUCAAUUCUGGCGGGGGCUCUGUCUCCUCCCUUGCAUCAUCGCUCUCGGCAUCCUCCUCCGUUUCCGCCCCGCUCCGAUCUCCGCCGACCGAAGCGACAUCGACGCCCGGCUGGGGCACCCUUGGUACCCGCGUCGGCUUGUUUGCGCAUGCCAAGAUGGCACCGGGCCGCAGAAAAAGGCAGCAAGGGGAGAGAAGGGCGCUGCUGGCGGACGGUGGGCCAGCGCGAUAUGAUGGGGAAGAGGAGGUUGAGCACUACUACGACGACGAGGCGUUGUUGUCGCGCCAGAUUGACAUCGUAUUCGGUUCGUUGCCGUGGCGGCUGCUCAACGGAAAGUGGUGGUGGUGGCAUUUGCAGCCAAUAAUCUGCUGUGGGUGUCUGGACGAAGAGGACGACUGA